UGGCGGCCGGGCUUUCUUUUGCCAGACGAAAGAAGUGAUCGACAUGGCGAGCUCUUCGUCACAGAAGAUCGUCAUUUGCCGACAUCAUCCAGAGGCCCCUCUCAUCGAAGAUUACCGGGCCGGCGAUAUGAUAUGCUCUGAGUGCGGGCUAGUAGUUGGCGACAGGGUGGUUGAUGUUGGCUCAGAAUGGCGGACGUUUAGCAAUGAGAAGGCUACAAGUGACCCAUCUCGUGUUGGCUCAGCACAGAAUCCAUUGCUGAGUGGUAGCGAUUUGUCGACAUUGAUCGAAAAACCUGCCCCUGGCAAUUACGAGAUGGACGGCUUUGCCAGGACUCAUAACAGUCGGUCUGGGAUCAGUGGCUCUGAUCGAAGUCUGUUAAACGCGUUUCGCGAAAUCAGCAUCAUGGCUGACAGAAUCAACCUCCCAAGAAAAAUAGUCGACCGAGCGAACACGUUAUUCAAACAAGUUCAUGAACAGAAGAGUCUCAAAGGACGRAGCAACGAUGCCAUCGCGUCGGCUUGUCUGUACAUCGCUUGCCGGCAGGAGGGUGUUCCCCGGACAUUAAAGGAAAUAUGCGCAAUAAGUAAAAUAUCCAAGAAAGAAAUCGGCCGAUGCUUCAARCUUAUUCUUAAACACCUUGAAACAAGUGUCGAUCUCAUUACAUCUGGGGACUUUAUGUCGCGAUUUUGUUCAAAUCUCAACCUCCCCACGAGUGUGCAACGUGGAGCUACUCACAUCGCGCGGAAAGCUGUGGACUUAGAUUUAGUCCCUGGACGCAGUCCUAUAUCUAUAGCAGCCGCUGCUAUUUACAUGGCUUCUCAAGCAUCUGAAGAGAAACGCUCACAAAAAGAAAUUGGCGAUAUUGCUGGUGUUGCUGACGUCACAAUACGUCAUUCGUAUCGACUACUCUACCCUCGGGCUCGGGAACUCUUUCCUACGGAUUUUGUCUUCUCUACCCCUGUUGACAGGCUACCAAGCUCAUGAGGCUGUGCAGGACAUUGUUUUUUUUUUUUCUUCUUUUCGUGUUUACUUUAAGCGUCCCUGGAUCUAAUGAGAGAUGCAGGGUCGGUUAUGGACUCCAGUCGCGGGAACGCCUGGAUAGGAGCGCUAUAUUUUUUGGCAAAUGACUAGAAGAAGGGUCGUCUAUUAUAGUUGCAGGAAUUCUUGGAAAAAAAGCUUCAAAAAAAGAUUGAUUGUGCUCAGCUCAAAACGUCGAACAUAAAAAGGUGUCCACAGUUGCAGUUUCCACCAUGAUCAGUUUCCACCAUGAUCAGUUUCCACCAUGUUCUGUCCCAAACAUAUCCUAGAAUGCAUUGCAUAUACGGUACAUGCAUGGCGUAAGCUUCAGGUCUAUAAUUUUCAUUAUAUGUACCAUCCAUACAAGAAUCUAUUUAGACUAAAAUCUGGUUAGCUUCUUAUUUGUAGAAUUGUUGUAAAGCGUAAUGUAGAAACUGCUGAAUUAAGAUCAUAUUUUUGUCUUUUUAAAGCUUACGUUUGUGGUUAAAAAAACAAAAAAACAAUUUUCCCCAAGUAUUUUUAAAAUAGUCUGCCUGGUUUGCUCAAAGGUGGUUUAGGUUUAACCCAGGGUUAAUGCUCUAUUUUGCAUUUCCAAGCGCCAUCUUGAAAGGUAACCAAGCCUUUGCAUCARAGUGAGACUGGAGUUGAGCCUGCAGUGUUAGAUACCUUUUGUUCACACCUACAUACAAUAUCAUUCACAUGUAUCUAUCAUUGCACGCUCAACUGCUGUAUCGCUUCGAUGCAAAGGCUUCGCUAUCUCUGUGUUUUUUAGCCUGUUUAGAAUAAAUUUGCUUUAAGUACAAGUUUUAUAAGAACCAAUUGUGAUUAUAUCUAAAAUUUCAGGUUCUUAUWCGCGUUUAUUUCUUUGUAAAGCUUUACAAACAAUUUUGGAAAGUGUCUUAAUUUCAGGAGUGGAUUGUGAUAAGGUUACAUAUUAUAGUUUCCAUAGUUUCAGAAAURCAAACAUUGUGCAUGAAAAGCUUUUGUUUUCGAUAGUUUCCCAUAGUAGGAAUAUUUGGAAAAUAGCUUUACAUAUAGUUUUGGAAAGUGUCAAAAGUUCAAACAUCAUAAUCUUAAAAAGGUUAUACUAUUUCCCAUAAUAGCACGGAUACUUGAAAAAUAGCUUAAAAGAUAUUUUAGUAAUUWUGUCUUUUAAAUUGUACGUACAAAUGUCGACGACUGCUGCGUGUAGUUUCCGCGUGAAGCUCGAUUUUUUGCAACACAAUUAUCAAAAAACCAACAACAAUGUACAGAUUAUUUAUCAUCAAUAAAUUGCUUUUUCCAUUUA